AUGGCCCCAUGUCCGGACAACGGAUGGCAGUAUAUCGAUCCGUCCGGAAACAUUCAAGGGCCAUUUCCUAUCGAGAAGAUGAGGGUGUGGCACCGGCAUAACUUUUUCUAUGCCGAGCUGCUGAUGCGAUCGGAUCCAGUGGUGCGGGGCUUUCGCUUUCACUGGGCUCCGUGUUUGCGUUCAACGCAAAGCUUGCGGGGGUUGGAAAGCAUCAGCGAACAUGUGCACGCUUGGGGAAUCUUGGCAUUGCGAAGCGUCAUUCCCGUGCAAUAUGCCACUGCUCCCGCUGUCUAUUCUGAGAGUUUAGCCUCCAGAGACGGGGUCUUGCGACGUUAG